UCGCGGAGCCGGGGCUGAGCGUUGUCUUACGGGCAGAAAAGUUUUCACCAAGCGAGCGAGCGAGGAAGAGGAGAAGCCGGGGAGUGCGCGCCUGCGCGGAAGCCCCGAACUAGGAGAGAAAGUGGGAGAGGAAAGGAAAGAGAUGCGGGCAGGCUGAGAGGGAGCACCUUUUCAGCCCCUCUCCCCUCGAAGCUCUAGUUGCAUCAAGGUAAAAAAGAGAGGAGUAACAACAUUCAUCCUAAACCUGCUGCCAAAGUUCCCACUUUAGUUCCCUCCGCAACCAAUGAAGACGCUUGCUCUUUGGGAAAGCAAGGCGGAGGGCGAGGGGGCUUCCUUGGGGGCCUUUUGAGACCCGAAGAAGCCGCUCAGGAUGCGGUGAGCGAGGCGGCCCUUCCCGCUCCAGCCUCCUCCCUGCCCGGCGCUGCCCCCAGCAGAGGUUGGCCGUGAAGCUGGAGCCCUUCCUGCCUCCCCAGGGCUGGACCAUGCUCAAGGUCCUGACGAAGAAGCUCAGGAACCAGAGUUUGGGCGAGAUCCAGCCUUUCCAGCUAAAGAUUUCCUACCCCUCAAGUGAUGAAGAUGACAGUGAUGAUUCUGAGGGAGAGAACCAAGAACUUGCUCAGAUUGACAAAGAGAGAAGACGAAAUUGCACAUUGACUCCUCUGGCAACCAAUCAGCUGCAGAAUCAAGAAAACCAGUGCUGCAAAAUGCGGGCCCAUUUUCCUCCUGGUCUAGACCGUCACAGUUCUGAAGAGGAGCUUGAACGUAUCAGCUGUGAAUUUUCUGCUGAAAAACGAAAGUGGUCACAGGUCAACAGGCUGGCCUGCUGUGGUGAUAACUACAACACCUCCUCUAGUGAUGAAGAAGUGAAGAACUUGUGUGGCAUGUCCUUCCGGCCUGUGGUUGAAGCUGCAGACCGCUUGCAUGCCAGCCCUAGCCCUGUACUCUUCAGUGCCUCUCCUCCCAAAAGACUCCAGCCCUUGGUUUGCACCCCAACCUCCCGGCCUCUAAUCUUUACCAGCGUGGGAGCCAGCUUUGAACAAGUAAUGCCUUGCAAACGACACCGACAAGGCUAUGGAGACAAGGUCGGUAGGCCCAGCCUUGACCUGGAAAAAAUGCAACAGAAAAUGCUAUUUAAGAAGAAUUGUGGCGCAAAGACAAGAAUCAUCAAAAUUCGUCAUAUCAAUGGAAGCCGACCACCACCUCACUUUGUGUAUGACCCUUCCAUCUUUGCCUUCCGAUCCCUGAGCACCUUGAAGCCUCUGAGCCCAAUAGCUCCAGUUGAAGAACCAUCAUGUGCCUACUGAAGGAGAGAACUCAAAACUCUCAGGAAUCAAACCAACAGAUGGCCCAGCAAGGACCAGUAUAAGGAGGGCAUGUGUUUGCAAUAACCACUGAAGUCCUUGAUCAUGGGAGAUGGGUGACUUUUCUCAUUGUUUGUUCUGUAUCCUCUGAAAAGCAGCAGGAAGGGAAUGUAUGUGAAUUGAGUAAGCUAGGUACACAAGCCAUAGUGCAAUUAUCAAGAUGGUGUCUGGUACACAGAAAGCUGGUGUCUUCUUAAAGGAACUUGUCAAUUACCUUAAUGGGUGAACACCUGCUCAUAUAUUGGAGUGUGUGGAAUAGGCACGUUUUUAUCAUUGCCUGCUCCAAACCUAGCGAAAAUGUUUCCUCUAUGUAGGGAUAUCUCAGUGGACUAACUCCUCUUUAAAGAUGAAUGAGAUCAACGUAGAUCUGCCCUUAGAUUUGAAGCGAGAGUGAGAAGUACCUGAAGGUUGUGAAACUCCAGGGUUUCCUCAGUACACAUUAGUAGGAUAAUCCAUAAAUAACUGUGUUUCCAAUCAGAGUAAGAGAAUGACAUGUGCAGGCUGCUAUGUUAUGACAUGGAAAACACUGUUCUGUUGGAAGUAUGUAGGAGAGAGAAUGGGGAAAGCAGUUUCUUCUCCCUUUGACACCUUUCAGACAUCCUUUAUUGAAGUAUAAAGUAAAAAGGGUUCCCCCUUUUAUGUUGCUAUCCUGAAUGGCUAUAGCCUAUUCCUGAGAAACCACAACAGGUCAGGAUGUGUGUAAGGAUUGCUCUUGAUUUUGUGUAUAAACACAACGGUUUAAGAGGAUGUUACAGUGGAAGAAAAUGUCCUCAGCCUGUUGCAUAUUUAGCUGUUGUGGGCAUGGGUGACCGGAAAGGUGAGAAACAAGACUUUUGAUAGGAAACUGUGACAGCUGUAUGGUCACACACACUUUGCUGUGGUCUCUUCAUCUUCAUAUUGUUCACCCUUUUCAUGCUGCCCACAUUCACAUGUUAGGAAUAUGUCAUUCUUGCUAUUGCAUUACUCAUAUUCUACAGUUGGGGUGAGAAUUGUGUGGCCUUCAUAAUGGUAUCAAACUGCAACUCCCAUCAUUCCUCAUCAUUGGCUGUAUUGGUUGAAGCUGGCGAGGGUUGCCAGCCAGAUGUGGAAGGUUUUCUGUUAGCCUUAAUCAAUUGCAGCUGGGGGUGAACACACACAGAAGGAUAUUUUUGGGUCUUCUCAACCCAACAUAGGCCACAUUUCUGCCUUCCAGUCAUUUUUUACUUUGAUUGUGGGCUGGACUGUUUGGUCAAAGCCACAUUUCCUAAAUCAAUUUUGGAGCCAAAAAUGCCAUAAAGAUGAGGUGAAGGGAGUCAAGAGAAACCAGGGCCUGCAUUGGACUCUGAGGCCACAAUGUUCCCACUUCUGCUGUAGUGUACAUUGGCCCCUAGAAAUUAAUACACAGCACUGUCCCUCCUACAUGAUCCUGAAAUGCUGGCCUUAUGUGUGUGCAAAUAAUGUAGUGAACAAUGCCAAAUGUACUUCUGCUGUGUAAUCUAAUUGUAUUUAGGAAGUGUGAAUUGCUCAUGGUUUGGACAAUUUUCUGCUGAUGUCUACCAAUAUGAAUGUUGAUAAUGGUAGACCAGAUUCUGUUGGUUGUUCCUGCUGCAGGCCUUAUUGCAUCAAUGGGAUCUAUAGUUUUGAUUUCUUCCAGCAAUUGGUUCCAUGGGUCUGCUCUAAUAGGACAAGCAAUUGGAUUUACGGUGAAUAUGUUGAACCCAGUAUGAGAAAGGCCACCUUCAGUUCUCAUUGACACUGGAACAUUUAAACUUCCCAUUCUGUAAAGCUAUGAGUACAAUUGGGCAGCCUUUAGUACUCCAUGUGCACAAGUUGUACCAGUGGCAGGUAUGUUAGGUUAAGGGAAUCCAUGCUUUUGUUUCUUCCUAUACCAUCCCAUCUAAAAACAAUUCAGGGAUGUGUGCAACUCUGCUUUCUGCCAGCCUGCUCAAGAAAUAAACUUCUGCUGGGUUGCUGUGAUGAGAACAAAACCAAUAAUGCAAUGUGAAAUGCAACGGUGCUUCACUUGUUCCUCUAGUUGAAGUAGGGGAUAUUUUUUCUCUUUUAAUCCAGAAUAUGAUUUUUUGCUGGCUUCAAGGUCAGCAGUGUGUGAUGGGAUUUAUAGUCCCAGUGGACUUGAUCUUUCUACAGUGAUGACAAGGGCAGAUGAUAACCUGGUUUUGCUGUUUCUGCAAAUUAGGUUUGGCCUACAAACAGUCUGUGUGUGUUACAUAGUCAGGAAAUGUAUGGGGUACUUUUUCCUGUGCCUAAAAGCACCAUCUUGUUCGACAAAUAUUGUGGAAUGCUUUUUCUUUUCUAAACAAGUGAAUGUUUCUGAUUGUCUUCAAAGAUACCGUCCCAUAUGAUGUUCCAAGAUGAGGGAACAGAGGGCAGACAACCUCUGUUAAAGUGGCCUUUCUUUACUACUUUUGUAAGCUUUCUCUGUCUUCGGUUUUUCAAUCAAAACAAUAAAGUUACAUUUUAACUGCU